AUGGUUGCUCCUGUGGAAUUCACAGACGAGGUUCUGGAGGCUGGGCUGAACAGAGCAAGACUGAGUCUCGUUGGACGACUGCUCUGCUCAUCCCAUCCGUCCCGAAUCCGAGCACAUCACAUAGCCAAUUACAUAUGGGCCAAAAGAGCAGUGGUUACGGUAUUGGAUGCCGGAUUCGGUGUCUUUCAAUUUGUUUUCGCUAAUCAAACUGAUUACAGUGAGGCACUCGGGAAGGCUCCAUGGUUCAUUCAAUCGAAAAUCCUCACGUUCAAAAAGUGGGAGACUCCCUCGGAAGAUUUAUUCCAGGAAUUGACUCGUGUUCAAUAUUUGGUGCAACUAUGGGAUUUGCCAGAGGAAUAUCGAACGGUGGCCCUCGGCGCUCUGCUGGCUUCAAGGCUUGGCACCUUGGAAGAUGCGGCUAUGUAUGCAGUUUGGAAGAUUCCGGGAUGCGUCUUCAAAGCACGGGUCCGAAUAGAUGUGUCGGCUCCUCUCGAAAAUAGGCUAGAGGCAAGAAAGAGGAAUCCAGAUGGUUCCGCGGCUCUUUCCUUAUGGGUCUCUCUCAGGUACGAGAGAGUCAAAACAAUAUGCUACUGGUGCAGACGUAUUGGGCAUAAUCAAUACAAUUUCCCAUUCGAUCUGAUUGCUAGGGAUGAUGGCUUCGGCCCGGGAAUCAUUGGCAACAAGACAGGUCCAAAAAUCAAUGAAUUCUCAUAUGCUUCGGUUAGGAAUGGUGGACAAGGCAGAGGAGCCAAUGUAUGGAGGCAACGAGAAUUCCACCCAGUGCCAAACUGGAACGACGCUGCUCUUGGAAGGUUCGCCGUCUCGUCAGAAUCAGGGGCGCAAUCCGCUGGCUUCUUCUGGUUUGACGGCAGGCAGGGGUGUUCAGAGGGGCGGAAGGGGAAGGUUGCAUGA